AUGGUAGACAAUCAAGUUACUUUUCCAGACACUGUCACAGUACUAAAAUCAUCAAACGGUUCUGUAGUUUAUCUUGUUGGUACUGCUCAUUUUAGUAAAGAGAGCCAAGAAGAUGUCGCUCAAGUAAUAAAUGCAGUCAAACCAGAUGUUGUUGUAAUAGAAUUAUGCUAUAACAGGAAUAGCAUAUUAACAAUUGAUGAAUCCACUAUUGCCAAUGUUUCAGGCAUUACAUUUGAAGAUUUGAAAGGGUCAAUUAAAAAAUUAGGCCUAACUCAAGGUAUAUUUUAUCAACUGAUGAUAAAUAUAUCAGCAAAUAUAUCUCGUGAUCUUGGCAUGAUACCAGGUGGUGAAUUCCGUAGAGCUGUCAUUGAAGCUAAAAAAUAUAACAGCCACAUUUAUCUAGGUGAUAGACCAGUUGAUAUCACUAUAAAAAGAGUGAUUUCAAUGUUGAGCUGGCCUAAAAGCAUUAAACUUCUGGCACACUUGUUAUUUACUGCGGAUUUUAAAAUUACAAAAGAAGAUGUCGAAAAAUUUAAAAACAAGGACUUACUAGAAACUUUAAUGCAUGAAAUGGCUGCUGACUAUCCAGAGUUGGAGAGAGUAAUAGUUGAUGAAAGAGAUAAGUUCUUAACUUAUAGUUUGCAAAAUUGCGCUGGAUUUGUAAUUGAAAAAACUGGCAAUAAGCCUAAUAUAUUUAAUUCAAGACCUCAAGUUAUUGUUGGCGUAGUUGGAUUAGGUCACGUUGCUGGUAUUAAAAAAUAUUGGGAAAAAAUUGCUGAUGAGCAAAUUGCAGAACUAAUUAUAAUUCCACCUCAAUCAAGAAGUAGCAAAGUUAUUAAAGUUGUCAUCAAAGUUUCUGCCUAUGGUUUACUUUUAUGGGGUGUUUCAAAGAUCCCUGGUGUAAGAUCACUAUCAAAAAUGGCUUAUGAAGCAGUUACUUCUACUUCUACUUCUCUUGUUCAAGGGAAAUUUAUAAAAUUACAAUAA